ACAUGUGGAAGUUAAUUCUUUUGGCUUUGGUCGCCUUGGCCACAGCCAACCAGGUGAAAUAUGACAACUACAAGGUGUUUCGUGUUACACCGCAAACGGAGGAACAAUUCCAAGUUUUGGACAGUCUCGAGCAAAUGUCCGACUCGUACACCUUCUGGAAAGAACCUAGCGCAGUCUCCAGCUCAGCCGAUGUGAUGGUCGCUCCCCACAAGAUCCCAGAGUUCAUCGAACUGAUGGACAAAUUCGGGAUCCUCCACGAGACCUACGUCGAAGACGUGCAGACCUUGAUCGACAGCGAAAGGCCACCAGUCCAACCUUUGGUCGGGUUCGAUUUGAACAACUACCACAGGGUUAACGACAUCUACGCAUAUCUGGACAGUCUUGCCAAGGCUUACCCAGACAAGGUCCAGGUGGUCGUCGGUGGAAAGUCCUACGAGGGCCGUCAGAUCAAAGGUGUGAAGGUGACCUUCGGCCAGAACAAGCCAGGUGUCUUCCUCGAGACUGGAAUUCACGCCAGGGAAUGGAUCGGACCGGCCACCAUGUUGUACAUACUGAACGAGCUGUUGACCAGCAAGCAACCGGAUGUCAGGGCUCUCGCUGAGAACCACGAAUGGUACAUCUUCCCUGUGUUCAACCCUGAUGGCUACGAAUACACGCACACAACGAACCGUUUGUGGAGAAAGACACGCAAGCCUUACGGCGCUAUAUGCCGCGGAAGCGACCCGAACAGAAACUGGGGCUACAAAUGGAUGUCCGGUGGUGCCAGCAACCAGCCAUGCUCUGACACUUAUGGCGGAAGCGCUGCGUUCUCCGAUGUGGAAACCAAAUCGAUGUCUGAGUACAUCACUUCGAUCUCUAAUAAGUUCUAUGCAUAUAUUUCCUUCCACAGUUACUCGCAGCUUCUGAUGUUCCCCUACGGUCACACGAGACAACAUUUGGACAACUAUAGCGAAUCUCUCGCGAUUGGUCAAAAGACGAUCCAAGCUCUUGAAAAACGGUAUGGCACAAAAUACAAGACCGGAAACGUCGCCGAAACCAUCUACAUCGCUAGCGGAAGUUCCGUGGAUUGGGUGAAAGGAACCUUCCAAAAGCCAGUAACAUUCACCUACGAAUUGCGCGACACUGGCCGUCACGGUUUCGUACUUCCGGCUGACCAAAUCAAACCCACCGCCCUGGAAACCCUGGACUCUCUGGUCGCCAUGUUCAAGGAGUCCAAGGCCCGUGGAUACGAAUAAACCACUCAUUCCACUGAACUAAAGAUCGCAACGAAUAAUAUAACAAAAAAUAUUAAUAAAUGUAUAUAUAUACAUAA